AUGAAAGAAGCGUCCGCCUCCCUGGCCUUUGCCAGGGCAAAGCUGGCGGCAGGCGCAUCGCACGCGGAGCUGGCCCAGUGUGUGGCUGAGGCGCAAGCCUCACUGCGGUGCAGUGGAGAGGGCUUUGUCUACCUGCUGGCUGCGGAAGCAAGCCUCGCGGUGGGCGACUCCUCCCAGGCCGCGGCGGCGGCGAAGACGGGGGCCUUCCACUUCAGGACCCAAGGCGACGAGCUGGGCCAGGCCGCAGCGCUGCGACUGCUGGCGGUGGCGCUCCUGGGCAAAGAGGCCGCGGUGCAGGCCGCGAGCCUGGCGGCGAAGAUCUCGGAGGGCGGAAGCUGCGCCGGCCUGGGCGUGCGGCUCUUGGCGGAGGCGCUGCGUCGAAACGGGCAGCUGCAGCAGGCGGCGCAGGCCGCCGAGGAGGCUGCGGAUCGCUUGGCGGCAGCCGGCAGCUGGCACCAGGCAGCGGAGGCCCUGGUGUUUGCCUCGGAGGCCCACCUGGUGCGGUGCAAGCAGCGCCAGGACACAGCCCAGCGGAGCUCGCUGGAUGCCUGGGCCGCGCGGGCCCACGCGCUGGCCGAGCAGGCGCUGGGAACGGCACGGAAAGCGGCGCUGGAUGUCCGGAGUCUGGAGGCGCGGGCGCUGCUGGCCAAGGGCGCCGCUGGCUUGCAGAGAGACCCCAAGGAUGCGCUCGGGGACCUGAAGCUGGCGCAGGACCUCUUCACGGACCUCUCCGACCGCCGAAACGUCGCAGCGGCGCUGCUUGCCCGAGCCGAGGGGCUGCGGGGCUCGGACGUCUCCAGUGCGCUGGCGCUGGUGAAACAGGCGGAGGCGCUCUUUCCCAAGGCGAAAUCUUUGCUGCCGGCGAAGGAGCCGAGAGACGCUUCCAUCGGGACAGUGGGCUACGCCAACUUGGAAGGCCUGCAGGACGUGCCUCAAUGGGAGGAGCAUAUCCAUUUCCGCUUUGCAGGUCUGCAGGGGCGGCCCGUGUCCAACGCGGUGCGCCAGUGA